GUAAUUUAAGAUGAAAAACCCAAAUAUGCAGAACUCAAAUAAAAUAUUUAUCGGCGGACUAUCAACUACAACUACACAAUCCUCUUUUCAAGAAUACUUUGAGAAAUAUGGAGCCUUGAAGGAUUGAGUACUCAUGAGAGAAAAAGAGUCAGGCAGAAGUAGAGGUUUUGGCUUUGUAGUCUUCAAGAAUUCAGACGACGUUUCAAAAAUUUUGGAUGCUCCUAAUCACUACUUAGAUGGAAAGAGAAUUGACUGUAAGAAAGCUGUUCCAAAAGAAAAAGGAAUUCCUCAGAAACCACAGAGAUCUUCCCAACCACUUUCUUCGAAUUUGAAAAAUAAGGAAAAAGAUGGAGCUCUACAAAUAAAAUCUGGACAAAUGAAUAGGAUGUCUGGACGAAUUUUGACUUCAACAAAGACCGACAAUCCCUUCUCGAUCGCCAUGCCUCUUCCUAACGAGCCUGUCAUGACUCGAGGUUCAAUGGGAACAAGUGGCGGAUCCCAGCUAACUUUGGCUAGUAGUCUUCAACGAGGUUCAAAUAGCUAUUUUCCAAAUCAUCAGAAUAGAUUUUCAUCCAUGUCACAUAAAUGAAAUGAGAUUUCUGAGGCAAAUGAAGAGAAGAGCAACCCUGAAAGUAUACCAGCCUUCGAUUCGCAGAUUGCUUACCAAUCUAAGAUUCCUCAAAGACAUAGUUUACAAGGUAAUACUAGCACAUCGUUAUUUGCUGCGGAAUCUGAGGAGACUAAAGCUGGCCCGAAAAGUCGUAAAAUAUUUGUUGGUGGCCUCCCACAUGGUGUAACCGAAGAUGGAGUCACAUUGUCUGUUACUGAAACUGAGUUUACUCAAUACUUUGCCCAAUAUGGAGAGAUUGAAGAUAGUGUCAUCAUUCAUGAUAGAGAGACUGGCAAGCCAAGAGGGUUUGGAUUUGUAACAUACAAGACUGAGCAGUCUGUUGAUUUCGUUCUGAGAGAUAAGAUGAAACAUAAGAUCAAAGGAAAAUGGGUUGAGUGCAAGAGAGCCACUCCUAAGGCUUUAGCCAAUGAAGGCUCAGCUGCUGACACUGCUCUUCCUUCUUAUACAUAUUUGAGAGCAGAAACUAGCAUGAAGGACAAUACUUACAAGCAAUGUCCGAGGAAAUUUUCGGUAGAAAGCAUGAGGUUUUCGGAUGUAUUAGAUCAAAAACCAAAGAGACAUUCGCAAUUGAAUAAUGAUAACCCAUUCGCUUUGCAGAAUAAUUCUGACAAUGAUAAAGAAGACAAAAGUGGUUCAGUCAAGUCUGAAAAUGAGAUCAAAUCUGAAAACAAUUGCAAGUUCUCAUCCUUGAUUAAAGAAAAGACAGUACCUCCACCAAAGAACAAGAUGAAGUGGAAGAAUGACAAUAUUAACACAUACGCUAACAUAUUUGAAGAUGGUCAUGAAUCGGAUAAUGGAUCUGAUUGGAAAUUUUCGACAAAUGAUCCAUUGAUGAAUGCUGACCAAGGAUUUCCUUCAACUUUGCCAUAUUCAGAUUUUGGAACUAUUUUCACAGUCAAACAGAAUCUUGAAGAAGACAAGCAGAAUGUAUUCCAGCUUAGAAAGCAGAAAUUUGCUGAAGAUCGUCAGGAAAAUUCUAGUGUCCCUGGAUUAGCCAAAUUCCAAAAAUCUGGUAUUCCUGCUAGGGAAUCUGAUCCUUCAGAAGUUUAUAAAAGAGAUAGUAUAAAUUUGAGGGAUUUUGAAGUAGCAAAAGAACUUCCAAAAAUGGAAAGAAAUAAUGUUGCUUAUGGAAAUAGAAAAUCUCUUCCAAUAAAAGAUGAUAAAGCACAAAAAUUGGAAUACCAACCUGAAAAAUGGCUUGAUAAUGUCCUGGAGGAUUCUCCUUUCAGCUAAAUGUGCAUGUUUAGGACUAUAGUACAGUUUCGUACUUUUCUUAGGAUAAUAAUAUUAAAUUACUGUC